GAGUGUCUGUCUCGCGAGGUCUUGCGUGAUCUCGCCAGGUAUUCGAGACUCUUGUGUGGUCCUAUGUAUCACUUAACUCACACUGAAGUACAUUUUCUUACUUAUUUGCUGAUUAGAAAAAAGAAAUUGAACAGUUUCACCGCCUUUAUUUGGGACAGUAUGGAGUGUCUUUCUCGCGAGGUCUUGCGUAAUCUCGCGAGGUAUUCGAAACUCUUUUGUGUGGUCCUCUGCAUCACUUACUUCACAUUAAAGUACUUUUUCUCGUUUAUUUGCUGAUUAGAAAAGUAAAGUACACUACGGUUUCGUCAGAUUUUCGGAUCUCAUCCACUCUACAGGUACUUGGAGUCAUCGAGCAGAAACUUUCCACAGAAUUUCGACCGGGUCAACCCAAAAUUGAUUUAGUACGAGCACGACUCCUUUUGCAAAACACGUGUUAUACAUAUGAUUGCAUUGAUACUGAUAUGAUCAAGAGUUCUAGAAUCUACCAUGCAAUAAAAAUGUGGAUUAUUACUGUCAAUUGACGUCAAAACACUGAUAAAUUUAGGAGGCAAUUUCAGUGAAUGUGAGCUCUAAUGAAACAUUCCGUUCCUAAACUUCGUCAGUUUAUCACUACUAGACAUCAGGAGAUCAAACAUCGGUGCAUUGCUCUCCUUCAAACACAUUUCCAUGUUUUAGUUACUUGCGAUCCAAAUUCCUGAUUUUCCAGGGCAGGGGAUGCAAGUUAUUUGAACGCAGACUUAAAAUCUUGAUCUUGAAUCAAAUAUUAUUAGUUGUCCUCUUUGAACGUGCUACAUUAGGCAACAGACCGAACAGCUUGAUAUAAAACGAAAAGGUUAAAGGUUAUUUAUACAUAAAGAAGAUAACAAUUCUAUGGAAAUACUUUGUGACGUCGGUGAUGACUAAGAAGUUAAUUAAGUACGAUCUCAGUAGUAAUGAGUCCGAAACAUUUUCUAUUCCUGCAAAGGUUAGUGAUCUUCAUUGGACCUGUUGAGUAAUCGAGUUACCCCAGAAAGGGAUAUUCUUGCUCAGCGAUGAUCGCAUAACACUUUAGACAUUUGUAUCCCCAUAAAAUUAUUCUAACAGUAGGAUAUUUCAAUUAUGUUGUUUACGAUCACUUAGGAUCUUAAGAGCUCACUACCGCUUUAUGUUGAAAAAACCUCGUGAAAGGAGUGUAGACUCAACACUGACUCCCCUAUCGAUUACCAUUGAAGUACGCAUCAUACAUUAUUAGAGUCAGGUAAGAAUUUUUCUCGGUGCAAGCUUUACAAAAACCGGUCAUUCUUGAGCCUUAAUCUAUUCAUAUAUCAUGCCAAAAAAAAAAUCAAUCAUCUGCGUCGCGUGACUAAUUAUUCUAGAAAUCAGCAGCUCUGUUAAAAUGACCGCUUAAAUAACAACAUUGUAAGAUACAAGCCGAUCAGUCUUACCGAACUCAGAACACCUGUGUCACGUCUGCCUUUUCUCAUCAAAACAACAACAUGCUUCAUUUAUACGGACAAGGAUUACCCAAGACAGCGCCGAAAAGAAGGGGACGGAGAGCAAUCAGCUUGACGCAGCCCCAAAUACUUAAUCGCUUUGGAGAGCCUUCAAAACACUCGAUCAUUCAACCAUACCGAAGCAAAAAGAGGAAAGUGAGUGAUCGAAAUGAUGGAAUUACAGUGAACGUCAGUGGAAAGAAAUACUUCUUCACUGGAAGGUUGUUAUCUCUAUUUCCCAACAGUCUACUGGCGCAUCGAAGAAAACGAGCUUUUUUCUACGACUCUAUACGUGACGAACUGUUCUUCGACAGGAAUCGAACAGCGUUCGAAACUGUGUUCCAUUUCUACGUGUCAAAGGGACAAUUGAUGUUUCCCGACGAAAACUUCCCGGAACAGCUUCUGGCAGAUGAGCUUCACUUCUUUGGGUUAUACGAGUACAUUAAUGAAGAUAUCAAAACGACAAAAUUAGCCUUGCCAAGUGCUUUGACCAAAAGACAAGUUAUUCCUUUCAGAAAGUGUCAAAAAGAAGUAUGGAAGAUCUGUGAAAUUCCUGAUUCAAACGCAGUUGCUAGGUUGGUUAACCUGUUCUCUUUACUCGUCAUUCUCUGUUCAGCUAUAUUCCUAUGUGUUGAUACUCUCCCUGCCUUCCCGAACAACAAACCUGUGACCCUGGCAUCGAAUGCUGCAUCAAACACAUCAAAGCACUCGAGUUAUCAUUACCACUCCACAAAAACACAAAAAAUCCAGAUCGUUCAUAUCUUGGAGACUUCUUGUAUUUCAUGGUUUACUUUGGAACUCAUUGUACGAUUUUCCGUUUCUCCAGAAAAAAGAAGGUUUUUCUUUCAAGCUUUGAACGUCAUCGACUUAAUAGCCAUUGUUCCAUUCUUCAUCUCGUUUUUUAUUUCCUUUGGAUCUAUUCGCCUAUCAUUGUACAUUUUGCGUAUUCUCCGUUUAUCAAGAGUUUUUAGAGUAUUAAAAAUAUCUCGAUAUGUUACUACCAUGAAAGUACUGGGAAAGACUGUCAAGGACAGUAUUGGCGACCUCUGGACAAUGUUAUUUCUAAACUUAAUUGGAACUGUACUCUUUGGGAGCAUAGCUUACUAUUGUGAACAGUGGCACGAGGGGACUAAGUUUGAGAGUAUCCCGUUGAGCUGCUGGUGGGCUAUGGUUACCAUAACAACGCUCGGUUAUGGGGACAUGGAUCCUAAAACACUUGGAGGCAAGAUAACGGGUGGUGUCUGUUCAGUGUCUGGAGCUCUACUCAUCACACCCUUCUUACCAAUCAUCUUUGAAAAGUUUAACCGGUAUCAGAAGCACGAGGAGUUCAAACCGAAAAGUACUGGGUUAGACCUGCGGGAUAGACAAAGAAAAAGGGCUUACACGGUUGACUACACAACGCACGCGCAAUCCCAUGUAAACGAACUGCUGACCAGAAAAAGGCAGAGGAGAUUCACCAUCUGAAAUACGCCAACAAGAAGGAUCUAUAGAUAAUUUUACAUACACCUCAAAGUUAUUUUGCAUAAAAAAUCUAGAUAUUCAAGAGUACUUCAUACCGUGAAAAUCUUUUUUAUUUUAAAAGAUAUGUCUGCGUUAGUUGCCUGAUCAUUGUAUGCUUGAAAAUCAUAAAAUAUCUGAUCUUUAGAUUCAAGGAAUUAAAGUCACAUAUGGGGGCUUUAACUAUGUUCUUUUCUGAGGUACGCCUCCCGAUUUUCUUCCUACAGGUUACCGUUUCGACAGUUCAGUGCCUUUUUAAGGCACUGAAUUGGCGAAAAUCAAUGAACGAGGAAUAGACGAAUUUGUGGCCGUAUGGAACCUAUAAUCGAGAAAGUGUGUGAUAACCCACACCUCUUUUCUUCCAGCCCACUCGUAGCCGUACCCCGCCCAGGAGAAACCUUCCGUUUGUACCAUUUCUAAAAUACGGCUACGACGAAACUGAAACUAAUUAUUACUUACCCUAAAGAUGAUGAUUCAUUUUCAUCGUGAAACUAGUAAAACCUUUGAAUAAUAAUCAGACUAAUUAGUUAUUUAUAUAGUAAGUUAAUUGGCAAUUACUUCGUUAAUUAGCAUCUAAUGAUCUAAUUAACAGAUUAUUAUCAAAGAUCAAUAAUAUUUUCAUUUGGGCAAAUCAAGCACGGUUUUAAUGUUCUUAUAGCCGUCACAUCUGUGAAAAGAAGGGAAUUCCCUCUUAGAGAAAGAAAAACAAAAGGUACGUAUUGGUGCAAAUUUAU